CUAACAGAGCGAGAUCGCUACGCCUCAAAUUAGUCGCAACAAGUACGGUUGACGAAGAACAACAAGUCGGAACGAAGAGAAGAAACAAAAAAAAUAUAAUUUAAGAAAAAAUAUCAAAUAAAAUAAAUAUUAUUUGUAGUGAUAAUACUGGAAAAUCAUUUUGAAUUCUGUGUGUUGUUUAAUUAUAACGGCGGCAAAGUUUUUGUGUCUUUUUCAAAAUUAACCGCUUAAAAAUCAAAGGUGUAAAGUGCGUGCUAAUUUUCUUCUAAUAAACAAAAAUUAAGAAAAUAAUACAACAACAAAUUUAAAACUCGACAACUUAACAACAAUUACUCCGGGUGCUAUAAGAAAAUCAAACAAAGAAAGUGUGAAUUAGUUGUAUUGAUCGCAACCAAAAUAAUACACCAAACAAAAAAAAAAGUACAAAAAAAAUUUACGAAAAAUAGUUGAAAGAUACAACCAAGUCUAACAACCCAAAAAAAAAAAUUGUUUACAAACUAAUAAAUAUAGUUUUUUUGAAAAUAAAAUAGAAAAAAAAUUGUAAAAAUCAAUAGGAAAAAAAGCAGAAAUAUUCUUAUGUGAUCAUCAUUUGGCAUCGAUUAGUUUUGUUUAACACUUACUACAAAAAAAAUAUUUAAACACCAGCUAUAUACAACGUUAACAGACAGAUCGCAGCACCCCACACCUCAUCAUCAAUUGGUAAUGGAAUAAUACUCAUUUUUAAAAUAACCAUUAUCACUGACAACAAUUAUCAAACUUCACCUUGACCCAUUUGUUUGUACAUUUAACACUGUGCUGUUAACAUUUCACCUUUCUGGGAUUAUUGGCCAAAACUUUUAGGCACAAGUGCAAUUAAUAGUUAUUGUCAUCUUUAAGCUUUCCUUGUGCAGAUAACUAAAACAGCCUCAUCAUUGAGUAUUACGAUCAAAAUAUGAUGGACCCAGAGAAUCAAUGCCCUCAAUAUGGUGAAGUCAACCAAUUGGGAGGCGUGUUUGUCAAUGGUCGACCGUUACCGAAUGCAACACGCAUGCGCAUUGUUGAGCUGGCCCGCCUCGGCAUAAGACCCUGUGAUAUUAGUCGUCAGCUAAGAGUGAGUCAUGGUUGUGUUUCAAAAAUUCUAGCCAGAUAUCAUGAAACUGGUUCCAUAUUACCGGGUGCUAUUGGAGGUUCGAAACCUCGUGUUACUACACCCAAGGUGGUGAACUACAUAAGAGAGUUGAAGCAAAGAGAUCCUGGUAUUUUUGCUUGGGAAAUACGUGAUCGUUUGUUGAGUGAGGGUAUCUGUGAUAAAACGAAUGUACCCAGUGUUAGUUCGAUAUCGAGAAUAUUACGCAAUAAACUGGGUUCUAUAACACAUCAUCAUCAUCACAGUGGUGGUGCUGGUGGUGGUUCAGUGAUAACGGGAAAUUCGGCAACAACAAAUGUUUCACCUCAACACUCUCACACACAUGCCGCUGCCCAUCACGCUCAUCAUCAUGCCCAUGCACAUCAUCACGGUCAUCAUGCGUCUUCACAUGCCGCGGUCACAGCAGUUGCAGCAGCAACGGCUCAUCACACUCAUGCAGCAGCAGCGGUGGCGGCCCAUGCACAUCAUCCCCACUUGUAUUAUCAACCCUAUAGUGCCUACAAUAUGAAAUCAGCUGUGUCUUGUGGUAGUCCCUCACCACCACAAACGGGAUCAACACAAACACAUCAAAUGCGUUCGGCAGCCGCCGCAGCAGCUGCUGCUCAUGGUUGGCCCUCCUCGCAUACAGUUAGCGAUAUACUAGCUCAUCAUCAGGCCGUAGCUUUAAGGGCCAGCUGUCAAGUAGGCAAUCCAGUAGGUGGUAGCAUACCCUCAGGACUUCCACUAACACAUUCACCCGUGGGUGCGGCCACUGGUACGGGUUCACAACAAUUGCUAGACUGUGAAAGUGCUUCGAAUACAGCAGCUUUGGCUCAACAUCAAGUGGCCGCUACACAAGUGGCUGUUGCCGCCGCUGCUGCCUCUCAACAACCCUACAAUUACUAUAUGUAUUUUCAAAAUGGUGGCAUGCAUCACCAUCAUCACGGCGGCAUGAUGGCUGCAGGAGCUACCGGCUUAUGAGAACUAUACUGCAUAUAAACUUAUUCAAAAACUACACACUCAUCACUCAUGUAAAACUAAAAUGAUUUAAGUUAAACAGACAGGUUUAAAACCUUAAAUAAAAUCAUUAAAUUUUACAUAAAAUAAAAAAAGAUACUCCUCCUUUCAGAAAAAGAAAACAAUGUUAAUCAAAAAAAUAUAAACUUAUAUACAAAAACAACCGUCGAGAUUAUUUUAUUGCUACUUAUAAAAUACUACUAGUAAUUAAUUUUGAACAAAAUGAAAUGUUUACAUAGUUUUAAAGUACUGCUUUUUAUGUUUUCCCCUGUUGUAUGUAAUUGUCUAGACUUUGUGGUCUUGUAUUGAUAUCAAAUAUUUAUAAUAAUUUUGAAUUUUUCAAUAUUUAUUAAAUAUUAUAUAAUUAUAAAUGAUCUAUCGUUUAAGUAUUCAGAUUUUAGUCAUUUUUUAUUAUUAUUAUUAUAUAAAUAAUAUUAC